GGUGGAUAUAAAAGAGCACCGGUUGGCCGAGGGGCUGUAGCUGGAAACCAGUAGCAGUGUGCUCUACUGCCCUCUGAGCUUCUCCUGUUCGGACAGACGACACCCAAGAAAGCACCAACAUGUGUGACGACGAGGAGACCACCGCCUUAGUCUGUGACAACGGCUCAGGCCUGGUGAAAGCUGGCUUUGCUGGGGAUGACGCUCCCAGGGCCGUCUUCCCAUCCAUCGUCGGCCGCCCCCGUCAUCAGGGUGUCAUGGUGGGUAUGGGUCAGAAAGACUCAUAUGUAGGUGAUGAAGCUCAGAGCAAGAGGGGUAUUCUGACUCUGAAGUACCCCAUUGAACAUGGUAUCAUCACAAACUGGGAUGAUAUGGAGAAGAUCUGGCACCACACAUUUUACAAUGAGCUCCGUGUGGCACCUGAGGAACACCCAACUCUGCUGACUGAGGCUCCCCUGAACCCCAAAGCCAACCGUGAAAAGAUGACCCAGAUCAUGUUUGAGACCUUCAACGUUCCAGCUAUGUAUGUGGCCAUCCAGGCUGUUCUUUCCCUGUACGCCUCCGGUCGUACCACAGGUAUUGUGCUUGAUUCUGGAGAUGGCGUUACCCACAAUGUACCCAUCUAUGAGGGUUAUGCUCUUCCUCAUGCCAUCAUGCGCUUGGAUCUGGCUGGUCGUGAUUUGACUGACUACCUCAUGAAGAUCCUGACUGAGCGUGGCUACUCUUUUGUCACAACAGCUGAACGUGAAAUUGUGCGUGACAUCAAGGAGAAGCUGUGCUACGUUGCCCUGGACUUCGAGAAUGAGAUGGCAACUGCUGCCUCAUCCUCCUCUCUGGAGAAGAGCUAUGAACUGCCUGAUGGUCAGGUCAUUACAAUUGGCAACGAGCGUUUCCGCUGUCCCGAGACUCUCUUCCAGCCAUCCUUCAUUGGCAUGGAAUCCGCUGGUAUUCAUGAGACUGCCUACAACAGCAUCAUGAAGUGUGACAUUGACAUCAGGAAGGAUCUGUAUGCCAACAACGUUCUCUCUGGUGGGACCACCAUGUACCCUGGUAUUGCUGACCGUAUGCAGAAGGAGAUUACUGCUCUGGCUCCAAGCACAAUGAAAAUCAAGAUCAUUGCCCCACCUGAGCGCAAGUACUCUGUCUGGAUUGGUGGCUCCAUCCUGGCUUCCCUGUCCACCUUCCAGCAGAUGUGGAUCAGCAAACAGGAAUAUGAUGAAGCAGGCCCCUCCAUCGUCCACCGCAAAUGCUUCUAAAGUCAUUUCCUUCUCCUUCUCCUUCUCAAUACUUGCUCAGGAUGACUUUGUAGCACAUUGAACGGCUGUUGAAAGACAGAAGAGUUCAAUUUCAAAUAUGUAACAGUUUUUGUUACUGUGAGAAAGCUGCAAAAAUAGCAUGUUUGUCAACAUGUGAUUGUAAAAUGUACAUAACAAGUAUUAAUUUAUUAAAUCCACUGUCUCCUAUUUUUUGAGAGCAGUGCCACUCUAUUUAUGGAACAGACCAACAAAAUGCAAAGAAACCUGAUACAUAUUUGGCUGACCCUUUCAUUUCCAAAGACUGUUAAUUAAAAAGUCCAAUGAGCUUAUGGUUGUCUGAAAAAUACAACUCAAAGAUGACACCCACAAAUAAAUUUUUAAGAACCUUU